CUUUAACUGCGGCAUUCCAAAGAUGAAUAAGAUUAUGGGCUCGUGGACCGCAAUGGAAGACCAGCUCCUACGCACGCGAGUGGAGCAGUCGCACUCCGAGUCGUGGUCCAAGAUUGCAGAGGGUGUACCGGGGAGAUCGUCGAAGCAGUGCCGGGAUCGCUGGCGCAACCAUUUGGAUCCGACUCUGAUCAAGACUGCGUUUACGACGGAAGAGGAAAUCGCGCUAGAGAAUGCGUACGAAGAACUGGGCAAUCGAUGGACGGAAAUUGCCAAACGAUUACCCGGUCGAUCUGAACACGACGUGAAGCUGCGAUGGAAAACAAUGCAUCCCCAUCGAUCGGAUCGCUCGAAAGCGUCGUCAACGUCGCGGUCUGCACCAACUCCACAACCACAACGCCGCACAGAUAUGCCGAUGACCCGUCCUCGACAAAUGACUAACGUCAUGGGGUCCGACGUGAUUUCGAUGUUGGAUGAUUUGACUGUUGCCGAAUCUGUCGCUUCCUCCUCCAAGAGACCGCACUUGACAGAUUGGGAUUACCCCGUGCAGAGCGUGCAGUCUGCACCACCGAAUGUGUCGACAUACCGGCCCCUCUCAGGAUCGUUCGAACUGAGCGAUUCGUUUGUCAACACGCUAAAGAAAUACGAGCACAACCCGACCGUGGACGAUGAAGCGCUCAUCAACUCCUUGUUUGCUUCGUUUGGGCCCCACGACGAAGAAGCCAUCCGUCGCAGUUUUAACAUUUCGGUGCAAGAAUUCGACGAUAUGCUGGAGAACAAAGCAAACCUGAAGAAGUCGCUAACCAAACUCUCGUCGUCCGCAUCGAACACUAACUUGAGCUUCCUCAGCAACACGUCGUUCCUCAACAACGAUGACAUUGAAGGCAUCAUAUCGUCCUGCGUCGACAACCAAAUCGACCACUUGAAUCAUUAAUUAAUCAUCGUCAAAACAAUCUCUGUUGCA